AGAUUUAUAUUUUCUGUAAUCUUUCUCAAGGUCAAGUGUUUCCUUCAAUGAUCUUGGUGGAUUUUUCAAUUUACCGAUGAAACACUGGCNCCAGUCACUCAUUUAUUAAGUUGAGGGAAUUUUCCAAUAACUGGUUAUUUGUUUUGUUUCAUCUUUCUUCCUGUUUAAAUCAACUAGUUAACAUGAUUUUUCGUUCAUUGGUUAUGUAAUUGAAAUUUNAUAUAUGCAAAUAAGCCUUUUGGCCUUCUUUUCUGAGGCCUUUCUAGGGAUUAUCAGGAAUUUGCUAGGGUUUAAACUGAAGGUAAUGCAUGUCUUCUCCUUCAGCAGUAGGGGCUUUUGCUCUAUCUCUAAAAAGGGGCAGCUUGGAUUUGCUUACUCUGAUUAUUAUAAUUCAUGUUGCAGGGAAGAAGAGCAGACAUUUGUACUCUGGAAAUGAGUACAACAGAGUCAUUACAACUGGGCCUCAGCCUCAAUCUCAAAGCUUCUACUUCCAGAGCUCAACAGUUAGCUAUGGNGGUGCAAAUGGAANGUAUUAUACCUCCUCAAGGACAAGAAGGAGUGNGAGUGAUGGAGUGACCUUUGAAGAGAGCAAGGAGGCUGAUAGUUCAAAAAGAGAAGCUUCUCACUUAAUUUCUAGAGGCAUUCAUGGCAAGGGUCAUUCCCUCUCCAAGAAACUGCAUUCUGAUGGUAGGGUGGAUACUAUGCAGACUUUGCACAAUAUAAAUGAAGGCUUGCAGCAAUGGCCCCUUUGAUGGAAGGCUGGUUUGUUGCAACUUUCUAUAGCAGUGACUANUUAAUGCAACCAUNUGUCCCGUAGCUCUCUUCUGAGUUUCCAGCUAACUCACAUUCUUUGGGACUCUUUCUGUGGUCUUUACUCUGAUAACAUCCUUGGGUUUCUGUUCACCUCAAAAAGGGACUUAUGUUUUGUUUUCCACAUUUGUGCGUAUGAUAUGUUAUAUGUCUAUGUUCCUUUUUUCACUGUUGUGUUCAUUUCAGAUAGGUAAACCUUACAGUGACCUUUGUCUCUGUACAUUUUUUUUCCUUUUAUUUUACUUGCAUGACCCUUCUUGUUUUUGACUCCUGUGUUUGGCUAGAAUUAGGACUUUAGCUGUUAAUAUGCAAUUAAUUAUGUCUAUCUUUGUAGCAUUUAUAUACUUGUAAUGGAAAUUAUCUGUUAUGUAUAGAAAUUUGGUAGUUGUGAUCAUCCUGCUAUUCACUGUCGAGACAUGAUGGUUUUGAACCACUAUUCGGGAUAUAUGAGAUUACUUUCACACUUUCAUAUUCUUGUAUGUCUGCAUUCCUGAAAGAUUUUUGAGUUGUGAUAUUGUAGAGGAACUUACUGGCUUUGAAGAAGAAUGGAAAAAGAAGGGUCAAAACUAUAUGCCUGGAUGGACUGGGAGUAUUGGUGAGUAAUUAUCUCUAUUCACUGGAAGAUAUCUCUACCAUUUACAAUAGGAUAUUUACAGUUAUAUGUUUACAUAUAUGUUUCCAUAGUUUCCUUAACUAUAUUCUUUUAACAAAUAUCUGCUAAAUAUUGUAAUUUACUCAUUGGAUUAUAACUAUUAAUGUACUUGAAUAACUAUAAUUGAACAAAAUAAAGUAAUUUGCUGUAUUAUCGAUAGUGUGUGCUAUGGUGGUAGAGUGGCCAGGACUGCUGUUUGGACAGUAUAAUAGCACACGGUUUAGUGUCAUGGCUGUAAGCGCCUGUAUGCAUUGUUGUCUCAUUUGGUGAGACAAAAUUGUGUUUUUUUAACAUGUAGGGUAGUGCACUUAUGGUAAGGGUUGAAGCCGUAAAAUGUCUUGUCUUUUUUAAAAGUGGGUCUAGUUUAUGCCAUUA